GGAAAAUAAUGGCGGGGCCUUUGAAAGGUAGAAGAGAUCGAGGGUACAUUUCUACGGAUCCAGAGACGAGAUUGCGAAGGUACCAGUCCAAUCUACAGCAUAUUUUUGACAAGUAUGAAAAUUGUGGUGAUGAUGACGACACAGAAGUGGACUUGUGUGAUCUGUCAGUACACAGAGGACGAAGUCAGCUGAUUCAUAAAAAAACAAAAGGGUUUGGACACAGCAAGCUCAAGAGCACACCUAGAGAGGGGGAUCUGUGUACAAGAGAACAUGCACAUAAAAGAAUAAUCCCCUUUAAUCAUCAGAAGAAUCAGGAGAAAGAAUCAUUUCAACAAAGGCCAGAUCCCCAUGGCACUUAUGUCGUAUCCAAGCCAGAGGAUCCCUGGGAUUCCCAUGGGAACUUGUUGUCUCCUUUGUCCUAUGAUGAGCCAGACAGUAUGGGAUCCCAGCAAAUCCUGGGGGAGGAUCGUAUGGAGGCGGACCCUUAUCCUGAUGACAUUUCUAGGAUACAGAGUCUUAAUGAGACAUACAAGGACGUUCUGUCUCAGCUAGGCCCUGAUCUGGAGGAAGACAUCAGUGAUGCAGAAACUUUGAUAACAACAUCGGAGAGUGAAGAUAGUUCUGAUGAGGACAUGUCUGAAGCCUCAAGCUCUUCAGGAUACUCAGAGGAUGAUAAGUUAUACAAGUCAAGAGAGACAAAGAAGGUUCAUCACAACAACCUACAUAAAAGCCCCAGAAUGGAGUCCUACUUUGCCUCUUCUGAGGACAGUUCUGGUUACCACAGUUCUGAGCUUCCUUCCUGUAUGUACGAUAGAAGCCGAAUCCACAAGCAGUACCGCUGUCCCGAGCCUCAGAUCAGCUACAGACAUGUCAGGCACCACCUAAUGUCUGGGGACAAGGAGUUAGUCCGAGUCAAAAGACCCGAUUACAGACAUCAGAUCCAGAACUUGUACCAGAUGUGUGGAGGAGGAGACGUGAUGAAGUCAGAGGGAAGACAAGAGAGAGGUGAUACACCAACAACGCUUCAAGGAAAAUCGGAAUCUGAAAGAGUCCGUGGUCGAAAGAAAGAACUGAUAUAUAGAAAUGGAAGUGGUUAUAGUCCAGAGAAAGAUUCUCAUGAGCAGUUGCAUCGAAGGAAUGAAAAUAUUUUUACUCAGGGCAAGGAGAUGAAGAGGGGCAAAGCAAACAUUGAUAAUAACUCCUCUGAUCUGCAUAUAAGAAGUUGUAGUGCACAGAGAGGCCAAGAGAGAGUUUGUAGUAGUCCUAGAACUGCUGUACAAACAGAAUGUUCAAAAAGAAGGAACUCCUUGUGUUUGGAAGAUUAUGAAUCAUUGAGUGAUGUGUCCCAAACUUUUAUCAAAAAUGGAAUUUCAGAAGGUCCCAAAAUACAGUUACUUAAUAAAGAAGGAACGUCACAGCUAAACAACCAGCCAAUGUCCUCAAUAGAAAAAGUUACCAAGUGGAUGAUGCCUUCAAAAGAGACUGAGGACAAGUACCAAGUAAAGGCCAAAAGAAAACUUGUUAUUCAUCCAGUGUCAGAUGUAAAUAGCUCUGGGAAUUCAGAUGAGCCAUCUUACAUUCACGUAGCAGAGAAUGAAAGGAAACAGAGAAUUGAAGAAGAAGAAUUGUCACAUUUUGAUCAGAAGAUAAAUGGCCAGGAAAACAAAUCUGAACUAAGCUUAGAUGGAAACUUUGCAUUAUGUUAUGACAUCAAUUGCUCAUGUAGAAAAAAAGCUAUUUGUUCAUGUCCAGACUGUAUGAAUGUUAAUGAUAUAAAACUUUGUCAACAACUGGGAUGUAGUCAUCAACAUAAAAUAAACGAGAACAGUGAUUUGUCUGGUGAGAGAGGUUUAGGUGGAGCUUCACAGACAUUGGUCCAUUCUUUAUCACCUGAGAGAUCUUCCUCCACCUUUCCAUUCCCAGGUGAUCAAACAUUCACAGAUAUACCAGCUUAUCCCCCAGCUUCACCAGGCUCUUGUUCUACAUUCUUUUCAUCACCAAGAGCUCGUUCUAAAAGCUUUCAAUCUCCAAGAGCUCAGAGUUACCCAUCCUCUCCACAAAAUGGCAGAGCACACACUGAUGUAAGUCAUUCACCAUCUUCCUCACUUGCCAGGCUUCAUCUAUCAUCACCUAGAUCAUCACCAAGGAUCUCGCACAACUUUCAGCAAAGUUUUUACAUGGAGAAUAGUUCUUGUUAUCACUCCAGUCAAAGUGUUCCACCAGUCUUCAAGGUUCCAAAUGCCUUUCCUUAUCAAAAAUCUCCAUCAACCAAAAGGAUUGUCAAGAGGAAUGGUGGAACUGAAGGAUAUGUCAGGGAGGAUCGGUUUGGUAAGAGGGAACAUGUAAGGUCAAGUUCCUGUGACAGUUUGGUACAAUGCAGAAGAGGAUCUGUAUCAAACUGCACAGCUAAGACUUAUAACCAACCUACAGACAAUAAGAUCAUUCGCCAUACAGUUUCAGAGAAUGCUUUGGGUCUUUGUUCUUACAGUGAACACCAGCAAGAUAAAAUGGAAGUUGGUGUGCCCAGCAUGCAAAAACAAGACUGGAAAUAUGACAAUACUAGACCAAAAUACCAUGAACAAGAGCCUAAGAAAUCAAGACAAAGGCAUCAGCCAGGUAGAAAAGUACAGUUGUCAUCUAAACACAAGCCUCAGCUGCAUCAACAAGCUCCUGUUUUACCUAGACAAGUACAUGUAUUAGAGUCGCCCAGACAAAGACCUCAGCCAUCUGAUGAGAUAAAAGAGCCAUCCAGACAAGAGUUACUGAUGUCUAGACAGGUGUAUGCUCCAGCUACACAAGAGUUUCAGAUAUCUAGACAGGUGUGUGCACCAUCUACACAAGAGUUACAAAUGUCUAGACAGGUGUGUGCACCAUCUACACAAGAGUUACAGAUGUCUAGACAGGCAUGUGCACCAGCUACACAAGAGUUUCAGCAGUCCAGCUCCUACAAACUCCAGUCAGUGAGGGAGUGGAAACCCAAGUUUAGCUUGUUUCCAGAAGAAAACCAAAACUCUCAAAGUAGGUUUUUUCAGAGAUCUUCACAGAAAAAGGACAGUUACAAGGAUAGAAAUGAACCUAGGAGCCAAAAUUUAAGACAGAGAUCCAAAAUCCAACUGAGAUCUUCAGGUGUUUGUGUUCUUCAGAGUACCCCUAGAAAACCUAAUAGUAAACCAUUUCUUGACAGUUCCUUCUCAACCAUUAAUCCAAGCAUGGACAAUUAUAGUGACGAAGAUGAAGUUUCUCUCAUCUAAAGUUAUUUAACAAUGUAGACCUGGAGACAUUGGUUGUAUUUUUGGCUUUUGGAUGAAUCAAUGCACCAUGAACUCUUAUCAAAUAUCUUCUUUGACAUAAUUACUGUAAGAAUAUUAUUUUUAUGAAAAUGUUUUUAAAUGAAAUAUUUAUUUUGCAUUUUUUUUCUCGUUUUUAGAGUAUGCAAACAUGUUGGUGCAUAUGACUUAAAUGUCAGAUUGAGACAUAAAUG